GGUGGAGCCCGAGUAUACGGCGAGAGCGGCAGUCCACAUCCGAGUUUUUGCUCUCACCUUUCACUGGCUCUCCAAGCCCUCGGUCUCCAUACAGAAUUACUCCCAGCCAGUGCGCACUGUUGGUCUGUCAUUGUCGCGGAGAGCCGAACAACUUAGGUUCUUCUCUUCCCUCACAUGACCCUCCUUAUUUAAAAUUCCUCAGGAUACUCUUCUUUUUUUUUUGAGUGUGUGCGGUGAAGGCUGCUGACGGGACGUGAUGUAGCCCCCCGCACAGAAGGACGCCUUGUGCCAUUAAAGGGAUGUAAGGGACAGCAGCAGCCGUGGAUAUAACACGAGGAACCUGCCGUUUCAGUCGCGACAAAACCUCGGAUUGUGGACGCACAGCAAAUUGAGCCCGAGCGUGUUUGUUCCCCCCCGACCCACCCCCCAUUUUUAUUACAAGGAUAUUGAACGCAGCGACACGAGACAACAGUUUGGAUCGGUUGUUUUCUCUCCUCGAGCCCUUUCGUCAAGUCUGUUUCUCGCGCACAGUGCGCAAGGACGGUGUCCAGCCGUGUAAGAGACACUCGAGAGAGAAAACGUACUUUGGAUGAAAAGGGACGUGACAUAUAUCCUCCUUUUUCUCCAGUGAUUUCUAAACCCGCGGACAGACCAUGGUUUUAUUUUCUGGCAUGUGAUAGACUGGAUCUGUGAGGAGCAGACUCGAGAUUCACACUCCUUCUCAUAAGAUCUUGGAAGGCACCAGAGCAACAGGACUUGGUUUCGUGUGAAGAGUGGAACAGUGGAGGGAACCGUGUCAUAAAGGAAGCAGCGGAUUCGGGCGUUCGCCACGAAAACACCGAGCACUGAACUCACCUGGGAACUUCAGCAGGGGGCGGUAAGAGGAGGAGGCCAUGUGGACCGCACGCCUGCUUGUUCUUGCCAGCCUCUUUGCACCAGCCGCUCUGGCAUUCAGUCGAGCACCCAUCCCCAUGGCAGUGGUGAGAAGGGAGCUGUCGUGCGAGGGUUACCCCAUCGAACUGCGCUGCCCAGGCACUGACGUCAUCAUGAUCGAGAGCGCCAACUACGGCCGCACGGAUGACAAGAUCUGUGACGCAGACCCCGCACAGAUGGAGAACACAAGGUGUUACCUGCCAGAUGCAUACAAGAUCAUGUCUCAAAGAUGUAAUAACCGAACCCAGUGUGCUGUUGUGGCCGGACCAGAUGUAUUUCCUGAUCCUUGUCCCGGAACCUACAAAUACCUUGAAGUCCAAUAUGAAUGUGUACCUUACAAAGUGGAACAAAAAGGCCCCUCAGUAUUCCUGUGCCCAGGGCUUCUGCGCAGAGUCUACCAGAGCGAGCACCUCUUCGAAUCGGACCACCAAUCUGGAGCCUGGUGCAAAGACCCUCUCCAAGCCUCUGAUAAGAUCUACUACAUGCCAUGGACGCCGUAUCGCACAGAUACACUGACCGAGUACUCCUCCAAAGAAGACUUCAUAGCCGGAAGGCCGACAACAACCUACAAACUCCCACAUCGCGUCGACGGCACUGGCUUUGUGGUCUACGACGGGGCGCUCUUUUUCAACAAGGAGCGCACACGCAACAUUGUCAAGUUUGACCUGCGGACUCGCAUAAAGAGCGGCGAGGCCAUUAUUGCCAACGCCAACUACCACGACACGUCUCCAUACCGCUGGGGAGGGAAAUCGGACAUCGACUUGGCCGUUGAUGAAAAUGGCCUUUGGGUCAUCUAUGCCACUGAGCAGAACAACGGACGGAUCGUCAUCAGCCAGCUUAACCCCUACACACUACGCGUUGAGGGAACCUGGGACACGGCUUACGACAAACGCUCGGCCUCCAACGCCUUCAUGAUCUGUGGAAUCCUGUAUGUAGUGAAGUCGGUGUACGAGGACGAUGACAAUGAAGCAACAGGGAACAAGAUUGACUACAUCUACAACACGGAACUCAGUAAAGACGGCUUUCUUGACAUUCCUUUUCCCAACUCUUACCAGUACAUUGCCGCUGUGGAUUAUAAUCCCAGAGACAACCUGCUGUAUGUUUGGAACAACUACCACGUGGUGAAGUACUCCCUUGACUUUGGCGCAUUGGACAACAGACUCGAAACCUCCUCCUCUGUCAUGGUAUACAUGGACACAACGACCACAACAGCGAGGACCACCACUCGACCUACCACAGUUACCAUGACAACCACUGCGGCCAGGACGACAACCACCAAGAUGCCUGCCACAACAGCUGCAGCGGCUCAGUGGCCGAGGACGACGACGACAGUGGUGGCCCCAGUCCAGACGCUCGUAGAGGGUUUGGUCCCCGAAGACGAAGACAGAGCGCCGCCCUCCUCCAAGCUUCCCAACAUCAGGGUGGAGUACUGCAAUCCACUGGUGAUGAUGGACAUCUCUUGGCCUAAGACCAAGCAGGGCGUAGUGGCCAAGAUGCUCUGUCCACCUGGAAUCAUAGGCGUGGCCUCAUACAUGUGCCUGGGCCCAGAGGGAUACUGGGACCCCCAGGGACCUGACUUCAGCAACUGCACAUCCCCGUGGGUCAACCUCAUCAGCCAGAAGAUAAAAGCCGGGGAGACAGCUGCAGUCAUUGCGAGGGAGUUGGCAGAGCAAACCAAGAGUAAUCUUCAGGCGGGGGACAUCACCUACACAGUGAAGGCCAUGGUUCAGCUGGUGGAUCUCCUGGAUGUGCAGCUGAGGAAUCUCACGCCAGGUGGCAAAGACAGCGCAGCCCGCAGCCUCAACAAGCUGCAGAAAAGAGAGCGCUCCUGCCGGUAUUAUGUUCAGGCCAUGGUGGAGACAGUCAACAAUUUGCUGCAACCACAGGCCCAGGCGGCGUGGAGGGAGCUGAGCACUGGUGAGCAGCUGAGGGCCGCCACCAUGCUGCUGGACACGGUGGAGCAAGGGGCCUUUGUCCUCGCCGACAACCUGCUGAAGACGGACAUUGUGCAAGAGAACACUGACAACAUUCAGCUGGAGGUCGCAAGGAUGAGCACAGAUGGAAAUUUGCCUGAUCUGAAGUUCCCUCAAACUGGAGGACAAGGGAACGCGAUCCACCUCUCUGCAAACACGCUAAAGCAGCACGGACGAAAUGGUGAGAUCCGUAUAGCAUUCGUUCUGUACAAACACAUCGGGAUCUACCUUUCCACGGAAAACGCCAGCAUGAAGUUUGGCAGUGAAGCCCUGGCUACGAAUUACUCCGUCAUUGUCAACUCCCCUGUAAUCACGGCUGCCAUCAACAAGGAUUCGAACAAAGUCUACCUUUCUGACCCGGUCAUUUUUACCAUCAGACAUCUGCAGCAAUCUAAGGAGAGCUUCAACCCAAACUGCUCAUUCUGGAGUUACUCUAAGAGAACAAUGACCGGUUACUGGUCGACGCAGGACUGCCGUUUGCUUGGCACUAACAGGACACACACCACGUGCUCCUGCACCCAUCUCACCAACUUUGCUGUUCUGAUGGCUCAUGUGGAUGUCAAGCACGCAGAUCCUGUUCAUGACAUGCUUCUGGAUGUCAUUACGUGGGUCGGGAUCCUCCUGUCCUUGGUUUGCCUGCUCAUCAGCCUCUUCACCUUCUGCUUCUUCCGUGGCCUCCAGAGUGAUCGUAACACCAUCCAUAAGAACCUGUGCAUCAGCCUGUUCAUUGCUGAGUCCCUGUUCCUCGUGGGCAUCAAUCGGGGUGACCAGCCGAUUGCUUGUGCUGUCUUCGCCGCCCUGCUCCACUUCUUCUUCCUGGCAGCCUUCACAUGGAUGUUCCUGGAGGGCGUGCAGCUCUACAUCAUGCUGGUGGAGGUGUUUGAGAGCGAGCACUCACGCCGCCGCUACUUCUACCUGGUGGGCUAUGGAGUUCCUGCACUGAUUGUGGCUGUUUCUGCCGCUGUGGAUUACCGCAGUUAUGGCACAGACCGAAUUUGCUGGCUUCGCCUGGACACCUACUUCAUUUGGAGUUUCAUAGGACCGGCAACCUUGAUAAUUAUGCUCAAUGUAAUCUUCCUGGGCAUCGCUCUCUACAAGAUGUUCCAUCACACUGCCAUCUUGAAGCCGGACUCCGGUUGCCUGGACAACAUCAAAUCGUGGGUGAUUGGGGCCAUUGCCUUGUUGUGUCUGCUGGGCCUGACCUGGGCCUUUGGCCUGAUGUAUGUCAACGAGAGCACGGUGGUCAUGGCGUACCUGUUCACCAUCUUCAACUCCCUGCAAGGGAUGUUCAUUUUCAUCUUCCACUGUGUCCUGCAGAAAAAGGUGCGUAAGGAGUAUGGAAAAUGCCUGCGGACUCACUGCUGCAGUGUGAAGAGUGUGGACAACUCCAUUGGCUCAGUGAAAGGCACAGCGUCUCGUGCUCCGGGACGUUACUCUACAGGGUCACAGAGCCGCAUCCGUCGAAUGUGGAAUGACACAGUCAGAAAACAGUCCGAGUCUUCCUUUAUGACUGGAGACAUCAACAGCUCUGCAUCACUUAACAGAGGGGCUAUGGCUAACCAUCUUAUACCAAAUGCACUCCUACGUCCUCAUGGCACUAACAAUCCCUAUAAUGCAUUGCUUGGGGAAUCGGCAGUCUAUAACAACCCUCUGGGCAUGUACAACACACAAGAGCCCUACAGAGAGACAAAGGGAAUCCUGAACAAUGCCCGGGAUACAAGUGUCAUGGAUACUCUACCACUGAAUGGUAACCAUGGCAACAGCUACAGCAUUGCCAGCGCCGAGUACAUGAGUGACUGUGUCCAGAUCAUUGACCGGGGCUAUAACCACAAGGAGACCACCCUGGAGAAGAAGAUCCUCAAAGAGCUCACCUCCAAUUACAUUCCCUCGUACCUCAACAAUUCCCACGAGCGCUCAACCGAGCAGAAUCGGAACCUCAUGAAUAAACUGGUCAAUAAUGUUAGCAAUGGUGGCAAGGACAGUGGCUAUGGGAUGGGUUUGGGAUUGGGGAUGGGGAUGGGGAUGAAUGUUGCGCUGAGUCUGGAUGACCACGCGACCUUUGGUCCCCACCAUGACGAAGGCCUGGGCCUGGAGUUAAUCCGCGAGGAGUCGAACGCCCCGCUGUUGCCUCAAAGACCGCCCCCUUCCCUGCAGGCAGUGGACAACCUUCACAGUCACCUCCACCAGUCGGCGCCGCCUCCCCUGUCACUGCCCCACCACCCUUUUGCGUCCGCUACCACUUCCUCCUCUUCUCGGAGGAGGAUCCCGCAGGAGAACAGUGAAAGUUUCUUCCCCUUGCUCACGAACGAGCACACCGAGGACGAGGGCUCGUCACCCACCCACAACCACCAGAGAGACUCCCUGUACACCAGCAUGCCCAUGCUGCCCGGCCUGCCCGACGUGUCCGCAGAAGCUGCUGACAGCUCCAAGGAUGCCAAGAGCCCCGAGGCCAGCUCAGACGACGUCUACUACAAGAGCAUGCCCAACUUGGGCUCACGUAACCAUCUGCAUCAGCUGCACUCCUACUACCAGCUCGGGCGGGGCAGCAGCGAUGGCUUCAUCGUGCCCCCAAACAAAGAGGAUCUAUCUCCAGAAGAGGCCCCCCAGGAGCCCUCCCACCUGGUCACCAGCCUAUAGGCCCAAACACCUUCCCCUAAAAGUGCCCCCCCCCAUUACCGUAGUCCUCCUCUUCCCCCGUGUACUCUUGUUCCAUCAGUCGUCGGCAGUGGUAGCCUUUCUUUUUAUUCAGUGUUCUGUAGACUGCGGAACAGAAAAACAGUUCCCUCACUGUUACUGACCACUACCAGGAUUGUAACUCCUACAUUUGGGGGCAAAUAUGACUAUAUUUGGUUAGAAACUGCAGGAAUCUGUUGGUGUUGUGUUUUCCCCCCUCAAAUCCUGUGUGGUUUGAUGUGUUUAGUCUCCGUGUGAAAAGAGACAAUUGCUCACACAGGAUUUUAAGGCCUCAGAGAUAAAGUACGACAGUGACGAGGAACUGCCCUGAAACAUACAAGUCUAAACUAUAGACUUCACCAGGAUAAAUGGGAAAUUUAAAAAAAGGACUAUUUUAUUAUACUUAUGUAUCUAUAUUGACUUUUUGAAAGAUUUGUUUUUCCUCUUUGGUGAGUUGCAGCACAUUUUGUUUGCUGAAGUGUCCCUUCAUUGAAAAAAGAGAAAAAAACAACAACUUUUGAACCGUUGCCAUGAAGGAAUUAUUGAUCGUAUGCUUUCAAGCAUAGCUGUUUUGUUUUUUUUGUUCACUCUACUGUAAUAACAGUUGUCAAAAGAGGGAGGAAAAAAACUAAUAUGAGAAUUAUGAGAUAUUUCUAUGUAAUUGUACAGAUAACUAGCAUUGCACAUAAUAGUAUGCUUUUCUGUUCUGAGCAAACCCUUUGUCUCUGUAAAUGUAGUGGUUAGGAGCAAUUUUGUUCUGUUGUGCUGGCCUUUCUGGGUUUCUGGUAACAGUCUGUUUUUUCUUUAGUUUUGUUUACCUCUUUUAUCACUUUCCAGACAUUAUCAUCUAAAUAGAAGCAAAAUAAUACGAAAAAGGUAUCCCUCAGAAUGGUUCAUUGUUCAUUCUGCAUCUCUAUUGGCAUUCAGUAACGCUUGUGCUUCUCCGAAAGAGAACAAAUUGAACAUUGAUGAGCACCAGGCACUUGUACAAAAAAGAAAGAUGGCUGUUUUACUUAUUAAAGAAAGAGCUUUUUGAGUGAGAAGAACUGCAAGUGUUUUUCUUUUCCUUCCUUGAGGAGAAAAAUAUAUUUAUUUAUUUGUUACAUUUCAAGCAGUAAAAAAUGGAGAAAGGUGGUAAUGUUUGUGGCACAAAUAGGUUUUUAUUAUCGGCUAUGAUUAUGGCUUAUUAUUUAUUCCUUUUUGUAUUGGUCUCCCAGUUGAAUGACCACAUAACUAAUAUUUGUUGUAACAGUGAAACUUGCCAACAAAUAAAUUACUGAUUAAGAGUUAUCACUUAGUUAUGAGAGAAAUUCUGCUGUUUUGUCCGGGUCUUGGAACGCUUUUGUAUGGAUCACAGUGAAGGACCACGAUGGAGCAAUCAAUUUUUUUUUUCUUUUCUUUUUUUUAUGAUCCCUCAUUAGCCCUUUUGUCCAUUUCGGUGCCAAAUAAAUUUGGCCUAUAGCAGCAGUGGAUGUGCUCUGUAUGCUCUGCUCUGCUUUACAAUAGAAGCAGUGAUUUCAUAAGCUGUAAUAAAUAUUUCAAUAUCA